AUGGUGAACGAGGAGAGUAUGAAUGUGUUGCAACUGUUGAGGGUUUUAAUCCAAUUCAACAAAACUACUACCUCCACCUUAUUGGAAAGCCUGCAAUUAAUCUUACAGAAAAUGAGCAGACGAGUUUUAGUGAAUCCAGGGAAUUAA